UCGCAGUAGAACAGCCCGACGAGCACUGCUGCCGUUGGAAGUGCCCGCAGGCUCGACGACAGCGACUCUUGCGGGUGCUCUGGGAUGUAGUGUCGGAGUCGCUCCAAGAUGACAUCCACGUCUGGAGCUUGCAUUGCAAAAGCGGUGUGUUGGUACUUUGGAAGAGCUUGAUCAACGAUAGCGAGAACAAGCACAUUGAUGGUGUGGUAGAUCUACUGUGUCAUUCCAGCAACAGUAAUUCUCAAUGUAUUUCGUAGUUGACUCCAAAAGCGAAGCAAAAGACUAAGCCAGUCCAGUCCAGUUCAAAUCCAGUUCCCAAACCAACAACAGCCAAACGGCUCAGAGAGCACAUGGAGCAGGCACCACCGACGCCGACCGAGCUGAGCGCCAAGAUCGCGCAGUACGAGCGCUUUGUAGACGACAAGCUCAAGUCCGACCUGCAGCAGGUCGAGUCCAAGCGGGAGCAGAUCUACGCACAGUGCGCAGAGUACCUGCAGCUCAAGAACAGCCUGCUUGCCAUCUGCGACGCAACGGGACUGCCCUCCACCGCAGCAGCAGCAGCAGCAGCAGCAACACACACAGGAGCAUCGUCAUCAUCAUCAUUUGCAUCGGCAUCGGCAUCGUCCAAAGUGGCAGCCGGCAGCAAGGCAUCCGACGCCGCAGUCACGCCAGUCAAGACCAUGGUCGACAUUGGAUGCAACUACUACGUCCAGGCGGAAAUCCCAGACCCAAGCAGAGUCUUUGUCAAGGUUGGAUUUGGAUUCUACGUCGAGUUGUCCAUUCCCGAGGCUCUGGUAUUUAUUGAACGCAAGACAGCACAAUUGGACAAGUCGACCGAGGCGCUUGCAGCAGAAUCGGCCAAAAUCAAGGCCAACAUCAAACUCACGCUGCAAGCACUACAAGACCUGCAGUCCAUUCGAGAACCAAGCGAACCUCGACGGGAUGUCUCUUGACCAAGAUGCCAUUGGGACAGGCACCUCCCGAUAAUUUUGUUGGUUGUGGACUGUUCACUUGGUGGAAUCGACCUUGGUCCGCUUCUGCUUCUUGUCUCGAAGGGUCUGUGUCAGUUCUUUGAUCCGGGACUCGAUGGAGUCGGUAGAGUCAAGAGUCUCGUCGGCCUAGGAAGAACCCACAAGUGUUGCAGAAAGUCAGUCCGUCGUGCUCCUCAAACGUUAAUAAUUUCUUUUUUUUCUUUUUUUGCUUGUUUUGUUUGUUUGCCAAUGCUUUGUGAGCGCGGUACUGCUCCAGAUCACUGGCAUGUUAGUACACAAUACAUCUCUUUCCC